ACCAGUGAUGGGGCAGCAGGACUAUGGCAGCCUUAUUUGCAUGAUAACGGCAAUAUGCAGGAAACGUGAGAAUCUCUGUAUCUAUCAUAUAGUGCCUUUCAUAUCUAGCUAUCUAUCUAUCUAAGGAGUACAUCAGGGCAUGAAGCGGAAGCAGAAACGGACAAUGGCCGAUAGUGAGGUGAAUCGCGUUGAAAUUGUAGUCGAGGAACUCCAGGCACUCGAUGAACAGAUUCAGAAACUUCUGUCCAGACGAAGAUACCUCAGAGAUCUGAAGGCUCGGCUGUUGGAUAAACCGUCCUCGCCAUCUAUUAUCAGCGUAACAUCAACCCCGCGUUGUGCCGCUCAAGUCACCUUCACCCCCGCGCCUCGUAGGAGCAACACCGAUGAUGACCUCGGUGUAUUUCAGCAAUGCAGGCGGGGGUUCAAGGCCAGAACACCUCCAUCGGCACAGGCAAGCAUCGUAACGCAGAACCGGUUUGACCCUCUAAGCGUCCCCAGUUCGCCUUCAGCUCCUAGUGAUGUAAUAGUGGUAGGUGAUUCUAUUGUUAGGAACUUCAAUAUCACUUGCCCUAAUAGAAAAUCUUUUGUUUCUUGUUUUCCCGGUGCUCGUGUCCGAGAUGUGACGAGACGUGCGCCGGCGAUCUACAAGAACAGGGCAGUUGGAGCCAUUGUUUUACAUGCUGGCGUAAACGACAUAAGGCACCGACAGUCCGAGAUCCUCAAGGCAGACUUCACUGCAUUAAUUAAAGACACAAAGGAGAGGACCCCAUCGGCAAAGAUCUUCAUCUCGGGUCCACUCCCUCUCGUCAGACGAUCAAACGAGUACUACAGUCGUCUGCUUGGUUUAAACAACUGGCUGCAGGCCUUCUGCAAGAAUCAAGACAUCGGGUUCAUCAACAACUGGGACCUCUUUUGGGAAAGACCGCGUUUUUUCAAGUGAGAUGGCCUGCAUCCGAAUAGCUUCGGCGCCCGGGUCCUCUCCGAAAACAUAUCCAAGGUAAUUCGUUUAUCUUGACUAUCUAUCUCUGCUUUUAACCCCUUCCGAAAUGCCACUCCUGUGCUUGGUCAUGAUAAUUGUUUAAUACAAUCUUCCAUAAAAGUGCACAACAUAAAUACUGUAAUAACCAAUCUUAAUGCACAUAGAAAAUCUAGGCAAUACGGCAUAAACACCAAUAAUUUAAUUAAAGUUACUACUUUAGAUGAACAAUGUAUUAAAACUAUAAAAACAUAUCAUAGAUUAAACAAAAAAUACACGCAGAGCGGCGCUAAUAAAAAUAACUUAAUUCUUGUUCCAUAUAUCAAUAACGCACAUAGUAUUCAUCUCUGCUCCUCCGAAACAUUGAAUAUGGCACUAUUAAAUGUUAGAGCUUUAACUAACAAGACGUUUUUUAUCAACGAUCUUAUUAGUGAUAAAAAAAUAGAUUUUAUUGCACUAAGUGAAACGUGGCUUAGCUCAGAUGGCGCAGCUGUUUUAAUCGAAUCUGCGCCUCCGGAUUACAGUUUUACUCGUGCUGAUCGCCAAGGAAAGAGAGGUGGAGGGCUAGCAAACAUUUACUCUAGCAGGUUAAAAUGUAAAAAUAUCAGUUUUGGUAAAUUCAAGUCUUUUGAGUAUCUCGCCAUUAUUAUUCAGGGAGAUUCUCACGUUCUAGUAUUAUCCGUGUAUAGACCUCCAAAAUUCAACGCGUCUUUCUUUGAGGAAUUCUCUGACUUGAUGUCAAUCUUAAUUACGAACUAUGACACACUCUUAAUAGUCGGCGACUUUAAUUUUCAUAUAGAUAAUCAAUGUGACCAGAAAGUAAAAGAAUUUAUGAACCUCCUGGACUCUUUUGAUUUGAGACAGCUCGUUAAUCAGCCUACACAUAAAGCAGGUCAUACGUUAGACUUAGUAAUUACUAAAGGACUAAAAGUUGAUAUAAAGCAGGUCAUUGAUACGGGUCUAUCAGACCGUUUUCUUCUACUCUUUAAUAUAGAAAUAAUGAUAGAAAACACUCAUGAGAAGCAUUUUGUUAAAAAACGCUUCUUUGACUCAUCAGCAGCUUUAAAACUUUCAAACAUUCUAACCAAUCAGUCCGUUUAUAGUGCCAACUAUAAUAGCGAGGAGAAUGUAAACAGUAAGGUGGAAAGAUUUAAUACUAAAGUGAGGGCUGCUGUUGACUUAGUUGCACCUGAAAAGACAGUUAAAAAAUCUUCUAGCAUUGUUAUACCAUGGAAGACCCAAAGAGUGUCUGAUUUAAAGAGAACAUGCCGUAGAGCUGAGCGUAAAUGGAGGAAAACUAAACUAACUAUUGACUAUGAAAUAUUAAAAGUUAAAAUAACAGAAUACAAUAACACAGUCCGUCUUGAGAGGCGCUGCUAUUUCUCUAAGAUUAUAAAUAACAAUGCUAGUAAUCCCAGAGUCUUAUUCUCAACAAUUGAUCGUCUGUUAAACCCAGGUAACUCAAAGGAAUGCCUCCUAAGUACUUCCAGUAAAACCUGUGAGGCUAUCGCUGUAUUUUUCAAUCAAAAAAUUAAUGAUAUUAGAAAUAACAUAGUAUAUCUCCCCCAACACUAAGGAUCCUCCUAAACCCCAGUACCCCAUAAUAAACAAAUUAAAGUCUUUCACUAGGAUAGAUUUACCUGAUUUACAUAAAAUAAUUUCUCAAAUGAAACCCUCCACCUGUGCCCUUGACCCAAUACCAACAAAUUUUUUCAAAGAAGUAUCGGGCGUGCUUAGUGACAAUGUUCUUGACAUAGUAAAUUCGUCAUUAGAUACGGGGGUCUUCCCAGACUGUCUUAAGACUGCGGUAGUUAAACCCCUACUUAAGAAAAAUAAUCUCGAUCCCUCUGCUCUUGAAAAUUAUAGACCCAUCUCUAACCUGCCUUUCUUAAGUAAAAUUCUAGAGAAGGCAGUCAUUAUACAGUUAAAUGAGCACCUCAAUAAACAUGCUAUUCUUGAUAAAUUUCAGUCAGGUUUUAGAACAAAUCACAGCACAGAAACUGCACUCGUUAAAGUAGUAAAUGACUUGUGGGUAAAUGCAGACAGAGGCCAUUUAUCUGUUCUCAUCCUCUUAGAUCUGAGUGCCGCAUUUGACACCAUUGAUCAUAAUAUUCUUAAGAAUCGCCUUAGUCAAUGGGUGGGCCUCUCUGGCAGUGUCUUAAAUUGGUUUGAAUCCUACCUGGCAGGGAGAAAAUUCUUUGUUAGUUGUGGUAAUUAUAACUCAAAGACACAUGAUAUUCUAUAUGGUGUUCCACAAGGCUCUAUCCUGGGUCCACUGCUCUUCUCAAUCUACAUGCUUCCAUUAGGUCAGAUUAUCUCAGGGCACAACGUGAGCUACCACAGCUAUGCUGAUGACACACAGCUGUAUUUAUCAAUAGCACCUGAUGACCCCAAAUCUCUUGAUUCGCUAACACAAUGUCUAACUUGUAUCUCAGAAUGGAUGAAUAGUAACUUUCUCAAAUUAAAUAAAGAAAAAAACGAAAUCUUAGUGAUUGGCAAUAAUGGAUACAAUGAGGCUAUUAGAAAUAAACUGGAUGCAUUAGGAUUAAAAGUCAAAUCGGAGGUAAAAAGCUUAAGGGUAAUCGUUGAUUGUAAUCUGAAUUUUAAAUCGCAUAUUAAUCAGAUCACUAGAACAGUAUUUUUUCACCUAAGAAACAUAGCAAAAGUUAGACCUCUUAUAUCAUCGAAAGAUGCAGAGAAAUUAGUUCAUGCGUUUGUUUUCAGUCGGCUAGAUUACUGUAACGCACUCCUCUCAGGACUACCCAAAAAAGACAUCAAUCGUUUGCAACUAGUGCAGAAUGCAGCUGCUAGAAUCCUUACCAGGAAAAGAAAAUCCGAACACAUUUCUCCAGUUUUGAUGUCACUACACUGGUUACCUGUGCCAUUCAGAAUUGACUUUAAAAUUCUGCUUAUGGUUUAUAAAGCUUUAAAUAAUCUCGCCCCGGCUUAUAUAUCGGAAUGUCUGACGUCUUAUAUUCCAAAUCGUAACCUCAGAUCCUCAACUGAGUGUCUCCUUAGAAUUCCAAGAGCAAAACUUAAAAGAAGUGGUGAGGCGGCCUUCUGCUGUUAUACACCUAAAAUCUGGAAUAGCCUGCCAGUAGGAAUUCGCCAGGCUAAUACAGUGGAGCACUUUAAAAAACUACUGAAAACACAUUAUUUUAACAUGACCUUCUCAUAACUUCACUGUAAUUUAAUCCUGAUACUCUGUAUAUCCAAUUCAUUAUAAUAACUAUUCAUUCAAAAUCUGUACUAACCCCUACUCUCUCUUCUGUUUCCUUUUCCGGUGUCCUGUUGGUGGUGGCGCACGCCACCACCAUCUACCCAAAGCACCAUGAUAUUCCAACAAUGAUGGAUGGAUUAAAAGCCAGAAGUCUGUAUAACCAUCAGCAUCAAGUGACUCCGUGAAAAACCCGAACUACAAAGAGGACUAUUUCAUUUAUGUUAGGUAGAAUGCCCAAAGGGGACUGGGCGGUCUCGUGGCCUGGAACCCCUGCAGAUGUUAUUUUUUUCUCCAGCCUUCUGGAGUUUUUUUUUGUUUUUUCUGUCCACCCUGGCCAUCGGACCUUACUCCUUUCUAUGUUAAUUAAUGUUGUCUUAUUUUAAUUUCUUAUUUUGUCUUUUAUUUUUCUUCUCUUCAUUAUGUAAAGCACUUUGAGCUACUUUUUGUAUGAAAAUGUGCUAUAUAAAUAAAUGUUGUUGUUCUGCCAGGCCA